UAGUGAACAAUCGAUCCAUCCUGCUGCGUGGAGUCGUCAUAUUCAUGAUAUCUGUGUCAAUGAAACUGUUUUACUAGUGAUAUUGUUUCCCAUGGUAUGUUGAAGCAAUUGAAAGAAGUUACACUGUCCCCGUGCAAGCGUGAAGACUCUCAGGGCUACAAGAAGACCAACAUAUUUGUUCAUUAAAUGAUAAGAAGUGUUGUAUAACGCUAAACAUCAAAAUGAAACAAACAGUUCCGUAAAAGAAAUGGGAUUUCAAUGUUUACUGACGUGGGAACGGACAAUAAAAGUUUCCGACUAAGUGAGAACUGGCCAUCAAGCUGUAACUGUUGUGAAGUCGUUUGCAAAGUGACAUCAUAACUUGUUUACGCAACCUUAAAUAAUGUGUGGUUUCUCACGCAUGGACUUUUCCAACAAGUCAAAACUCAGCAGGUUAUUGACCUUGAUCUUUAUAGUGUCCAUAUUCCUGCACGGUGUGCUCAUCUUGUCCACUUCCAUUUGGCUGUUUGUGGCCAACGUGGUGCUGCCGUGCUCGUUCCUCACCAAGUAUUACGCGGCCCUGGCAGUGUACCUCGUUGCCGGAGUAAGCAACAUUGCUGUUGUUGGUGCCAGCAUGUUUGGCUCAUAUUUCUUCAAGAGAUCUUUUGUCAGGAUUUUCAUGUUUUGUCUAGCCUUUGUUGUCAGUUUAGAAUUAGCUUGCAUUAUAACAUCGAGUACUCUUCGAAAUGAGAAUGAGGAGAAUUUGAAAAAGGACAUGAAGUCGAGUGUAAUCAGUAUUUUAAGCAAAAAUGACACACUUCUAGCAGACAGUGAAUCUUUUCGGUGUUGGAGAGCGGUACAAACGCGCCGAUCAUGUUGUGGAGUAGACAGUUAUAGCGACUGGUGUCCGGGGACCAACAAUUCCACUGGAUGUUUACAAUCCGGCUCACAGGGGCUGGAGUAUUGCUCGUGUACCACGGACUGUCAGUCUCUGGGCGGCAGGUCGCUGCACACUACUUCCUGUUACUCUUCGAUCUCGGACAACUUAGCGACUGCGUUCACUGUCAUAACAAGUGUGUGUUCAGUUGUUAUAAUUCUGCAAUGUGUCACUUAUUGGUCACUCUAUUUUAUAUUGCCAAAAAUCAACUCAAAAGCUGUCGUAGACACUUAUAAACCCAAGCCAGUUGCCCGUGCAUCUAAUGUUGCAGUAAGUGACUUCUGAAUUUCAAUGAAUAUUAUUUGUAUUGACCUUGUAUUCGUUAUCCAUUGACACAAAACAAGUUUCGUCGUAUUGUUUCCAUAAACAAUAUUCAAUACUGAUGUUUUUGUUCGUGGA